CAUGCUUUCACGAAGCAAUGGCUUAUCGAAGAGAGUUGCAGCCCCAAGAACCACCAUCAGCAACCCGGAAUCUGCCCUAGACUACGUUGAAGAGCUUCUAUACAACUCCAAACUUGCAGAUACUACUAGCGACUUGAAACGCCCUCGUGCAGGAUCAGGAUCUGCUCUUCUGACCGACGAAACGAGGAUUGGCUCUGAUAGCACCUCAAUUUCAGAGCAAAAGCACAUCCACGGCAAACCUUGUCCAGAUCAAGACCAAAACUGCCACUAUCAUCAUCAACUGACCCAACAUUGUCACAUACCAUGGCGGCACUGUGCUUCUGCNUUGACAGUAAACGCCAUCAAACAGUCCCACAGAACGGGUGGUGCAUGGAUAGGCGCUCCAGACGGCUGGAACAAAGAUCAUGAAUCCUGCCUCACGACUACAAAAAAGUGUGAUAUUCAUGCUGGAAUGCAUGGCAUGUCUUCGGAGAAGCAGAGGAACAAGAAGUAUCCAGACAAACCAAGGGUACGAGGGAGACACAGCAGAGGCUCCGGCGAUCAAAAGAAGCAAAGGGGUGAUGCGGAU